GGCAAAGAGUUGGUUUUGUUGAUGAAUCGAGAAUGUUCCGAAACCAGUACGACACGGACGUGACGACGUGGAGCCCUGCGGGGCGGCUGUUCCAGGUGGAGUACGCGAUGGAAGCGGUGAAGCAGGGCUCGGCAGCGAUCGGUCUCCGAUCCAAGACGCACGUCGUUCUGGCAUGUGUCAACAAGGCCAACUCCGAACUCUCCUCGCACCAGAAGAAGAUCUUCAAAGUUGACAACCACAUCGGCGUCGCCAUCGCCGGCCUCACCGCCGAUGGCCGAGUCCUCUCCCGCUACAUGCGAUCCGAGUGCAUCAACUAUAACCAUACCUACGAGUCGCCUCUCCCCGUGGGUAGGCUCGUUGUUCUGCUCGCCGACAAGGUUUGUACACAGCGGUCAUGGAAACGUCCGUAUGGGGUUGGUCUUCUGGUAGCCGGAUUAGAUGAAUCAGGAGCUCACCUCUAUUGCCACCGGAGUGCCGCUGUUUACGUCUCUACCCACCCACCGUUCCAUUUUCUUGCCUCUUCUCUGGAGCGUCGCGGUCUGUUGUCCCCCAGAGUGCCGCCGGAGUGCCACUGUGGACGUCUACCCACCCACCGAUAUUCCUACCUCCCAGCCAUGAAGAAGUGUUGGUGUUGGUCGGACCGUGGUCGUUGAAGGCACCAAACUUUAGGCAUUUUGAAACAACGUACUUGGAUACCGUCAUCAUAAGUGCUUUGUGAAAGUUGCCUCCGUUGUUUUGGGUAACUCAUUUUUUUGUGUUUGGUUGAUUUAGUUUAUUUAAAUUUGUUUGGGCAUUUAUGGAUUGUUGUGUUAUUUGGGUGUUUUUGGUGGUAUGGUUUUAUGUGGCAUGAAGUUGUCUACCACAUAUAUUGGUUGAUGUGGUUUUUGUGAGGAAAGUAUGAAUUUUUUUGGUUUGUAAGAGUGAACUAGAUGAUUGACCGCAUAAAUACCUUGUAAGUAUGAGUUUGGAAAGAAUAAAAGGCUUGUAUGCAAA